CAUUUUUAAAUGUAUAUAUACGAGUAUUGACUCCAUUAUCAACAAACACCCGAAUAUUGCCGAAUCCAUCGAUAGCCAACGUACACGAUGAAUAAAAUAUUAUUCAUUUACGCUUUCUUUGGAAUUAUUUUGUUGUACAAUGUUGAUGGGGGUGUCGUAAGAAAAAGAAAAGACAUAAAGUUACCGGAUUGGUUGCCCAAUCCGUUGGAGUGGAAAGACGAUGCGGAGAAAAUAAUAAAUUCCAUGGGAUCUUUAAUAUCCCAUUUAGAAAACAGCAGCCCGAACAGAACUCUUGUAGCCGAAGACAUUCAGGGCAUUAUGCAGGUUAUUGAUAAAAUAAAAGGUACCCCAAUUGAUGGCGUUUUCAAAUCAGUGGUACAAGCAUUAAGUGAGUUAAAAUCGGCGGUGGAAAAUCCUUCGAACCAAGUCUACUUAGAUGCGUGUGGAAAUGCAUUGAAAGUUAUUAAACCGAUCUUGGAUGACAUUAAAAAAGAAAUAAAUAAUAUUUUAGAACCUUUUGGAGUGCAAAUAUAAAUAUUGAUUUAUAUGUAGAGAAAACAAAUAAAUCAAUAGCAAUUAUCCAAAAAUUCAUGUAUAAUAUCAAUAUAUAUAUAUUCUCUAUAUAUACAAGUAACUAUAAAUGUUAUUUAAAAUAGUUGAUUUAUUUCUAAUUCCUUUGUAAAGAUAAAAUAGUUAUAUCUGUGUAAAUG